CCAUCUAAGUGACCAUAUUGUUUGAAAUAUCAGCGAUGUUUAUGUCACGGCUGCAAAACCGCGACGCAAUCGUGGGGGUUUCAGCGCCCUUCCUUUUCUGUUCCGCUCUCUUGCUCUCUUGAUUACAGAAUCGAUAUCUUUUAGACCAUAUACCUUGCUCUUUGGGGGAGACCACUGUUCGAUCGUCACCAUCUUCAUCUUCACAUAAAAAUGACUGAGAGGCUCGCUCUUCCCCUCUUAUUACCCGGUCCCCCUCCAUCAAAACCAGUCUUCAGCGAGUCCACCAACCAAUCGAGCUCUUCUUCGUUGUCCCCUGUGUUGAAGCAUCUCCUUCUCGAGACUAACCAACCUCUUCCCACAACCAGAAGGUCCCGGCUCGGGAAGUGCGAUGACUCUAAUCGAGGGAAGCCGUGGAGCGACGAUGGUGUUUCCCCAAAUGGUAAGAAAAUGCUCAGAACCCUUCUUGAGUGUGAAGACGUAGAUUUCGACGGAUUUCUCGAUGUGGGUAUGGGCGAAUUCGUCGAGGGAGACCUUGUGGGAAUGAUAAAGUCGUUGGGGUUUCACAAAAAAUGGGAAACCGCUCUCAAAUUGUACGAAUGGGCGAGGAAACUUGAGAAUUUUAGUGUUAACGGUCGUUCGCUUGCGGUGCUGAUUCGCAUUCUUGGUAGCCAUGGUCGCAUUGCUGAUGCGUUUUCGUUGGUUGAUAGCUUGGAGAGAGAUGGAUUUGUCCUGGAUGUCUAUGCCUUCACUUCUUUGAUUACUGCUUGCUCUAGGAACGGUAGGUAUAGGGAUGCAGUCUCUUUGUUUGAGAAGAUGAAUGACAUUGGAUGUAGGCCUACGCUAAUAACGUAUAAUGUGAUGCUUAAUGUGUAUGGCAAGAUGGGGAUGCCGUGGAAUAGGACGCUUUCCUUGUUCAAUUCAAUGAAGAAUGAUGGGAUUUCCCCUGAUCCUUAUUCAUAUAAUACUCUAAUUAGCGCCUGCCGUCGUGGUUCUCUGCACGAAGAGGCUGCCGGAUUCUUCAAGGAGAUGAAAUCAAUGGGUUUUUCGCCAGAUAAAGUAACAUAUAAUGCGCUGUUGGACGUUUACGGGAAGUGCAGGAAGCAUAAGGAAGCUUUGGAUGUGUUGAAGGAGAUGGAAGAUAAUGGGUUUCCGCCAACAAUUGUGACGUACAAUUCUCUUAUCUCUGCUCAUGCUAGAGAUGGUCUUCUUGAUGAGGCUAUGGAGCUCAAGAGCCAAAUGGAAACUAAGGGAAUCAACCCAGAUGUUUUUACUUACACAACUCUCUUGUCGGGUUUCGAAAAGAGUGGCAAAGAUGAAUCUGCAACGAGAAUUUUCGAGGAGAUGAAGAAUGUGGGAUGCAAGCCAAAUCUUUGUACUUUCAAUGCUCUCCUCAAGAUGCACGGGAACAGAGGAAAGUUUGGUGAGAUGAUGAAGGUUUUUGAAGAGCUGAGGUCUUAUGGAUAUACGCCAGAUGUAGUAACAUGGAAUACAUUGUUGGCUGUGUUUGGACAGAAUGGGAUGCACUUGGAAGUGUCAGGAGUGUUCAAGGAGAUGAAGAAAGCUGGAUUUAUCCCAGAGAGGGAGACCUUUAAUACUUUGAUUAGUGCAUAUAGUAGAUGUGGGCUGUUUGAUCAGGCUAUGGUGAUAUAUAGAAGAAUGCUAACUGCUGGUAUAGGUCCUGACCUUUCCACUUACAAUGCAGUAUUGGCAGCAUUGGGUCGUGGAGGGCUUUGGAAACAGGCUGAGACGAUCCUAGCUGAGAUGCAGGAUGGAAGAUGUAAACCUAAUGAACUUACGUACUGCUCAUUGCUCCAUGCUUAUGCAAACGCCAAGCAGUUAGAUCGGAUGUGUGCCCUUGCCGAUGAAAUAUAUUCUGGGGUCGUUCCACCACAUUGUGUGCUUCUAAAAACCCUUGUUCUGGUCAACAGCAAGAGUGACCUCCUUGUUGAAGCAGAGCGGGCUUUCUUGGAGUUACGGAGACGAGGCUGCUUGCCAGAUUUAGUUACUCUAAAUGCAAUGAUCUCAAUUUAUGGUAGAAGGCGCAUGUUGGCAAAAGCAAAUGAAAUCUUGAAUUUCAUAAAGGAAAGUGGAUUCACUCCAAGCUUGACAACGUACAAUACCUUAAUGUACAUGUACAGUAGGAUUGGAAAUUACACAAGAUCAGAGGAAAUUCUCAGAGAAAUUCAAGCAAAAGGCCGAAAGCCAGAUCUUAUAUCUUAUAAUACUGUUAUAUAUGCUUACAGUCGGGAGGGGCAUUUGAGAGAUGCUUCCCGCAUCCUCUCAGAAAUGAAUGCUGUGGGGAUUAGCCCUGAUGUAGUUACUUAUAAUACAUUCAUUUCCAGUUAUGUAUCUCAAUCGAUGUUUGUGGAAGCAAUAGAAGUUGUUCGGUACAUGGCAAAGUGUGGGUGUAAGCCAAAUCAGGCAACGUACAAUUCAAUUGUCGAUGGUUAUUGCAAACAGGGAAGAAAAGAAGAGGCAGAAGCAUUUGUAUCGAACCUUCGGAAACUUGAUCCACAUAUCUCAAAGGAUGAAGAAUCCCGACUCUCUGGAAGGAUAAGAAGUCGUUAAGCACAAACUAUCAUCUGCAAACUUAUGGAAGUUCAUAUUAUGUGCCUGGCAGGAUCAACAUGGUUGGAUUUCGCGAGGCAGUGCAUAAAUAACAAGUGGAUGGUUAUAGGAUUUGUUCUGGUUCUAUGAUUAUUUACUGGAUUGACAUCUCAAGUGUACAGCCUGUAUAGAUAUUCAUAGGUUGAAUUAACAUUUCAGCAGAAAUGUGCAUGUCUGACAUGAGACAUGGUUUUUGAAAGGGACAAAAGCGAGAAAAAGAGUCUGAUCCCUGCUUUCCUGUUAAGAUGUUUGAUUUUUGUAAAUAAGCAAGAAGCUAAUACAAAUUUGUUGUAAAAUCUGAUUUCUGACCAUCUCUUAAAUUAGUUUAUCUUUUUUCUGUUGAUCUCUCUUUGCUAUUGCCUUGUUCUGGAUAAUGUUAAAUGUAUCGCUUGUUAUGAAUUUGUUUCUUUUUUGUUGCUAGGGCUAAAGGGUUGUGGUCGAGAUGUGUAAUAUUGAUUUUACCUGUGUUAUAAUCUUAUUUUCAAUUUACCUGUUGAAAACAAUUUCUAUUUAUGUUUCUGUUGUGCUAGACAUGGUGCAUCGGACUUUGAUAUUUACAUUCAUUUUAAUUAAAUUGGCACAUGGAACAUUGAAAACCUUCUAGUGUGUAUUUGUCUUUACGGGUCUUAUCUUGCUCUUUUGGUUAAUUUUGAUAAUCAGUGAGGUCUGGGGCUCUCCUGCAAGAGGACUUGUAUUUGGAUCCUUCUGAGGUUUAACUGCCAACAUUGCCUCUCAAAUAUCAAAAUUUUCUUUCCAUGUUUAUCAUCCUUGGAGCUCAAGUUAUAGAAUGCUGUUCGUUCUGGCAUAUUAAUUGCUUUCUAAAGUUUCAAUCCAAAUAAUUGUGCAUCUGAAAUCCAAAUAACUUUUGUUUUUUGCAGAAAAUUUUGUGAUAUAUAGUUAGUGAACCUAAUACUGUUUCUAAAUGUCAUGAUCUGGAGUACUUUUCUUGGUGCAUUCAUUUGUGGCACUUGGAUGGUUGGUGAUGUCAACAUUAUAGAGGUGUUUUUCCCUUGCAUAUCCAUUAGGAUAAAUUGUCAUAUUAUGUAGUGUUCAUUACACAUAAUGAGGGGAUGCAUCUCAUUGGUGGAUAUAUUUUGUUGGUUCCCAGCUUUUUAUCUUAUAGGUUUCAUACUGUGAUUGAAAAAUGAACAGGGAAUGUCGGCAAAUAUGUAUAUGAAUAAUCAUUAAUAAUGUCCACAGAUUUGGCUGACUUAUGUUUGUAUCCUUGUUGGUGAUAUUUAUUCAUCUUUUCCUUUCUGCAAA